ACAACUACAAUCCACACCUACAACCACAUUCAUACCAACUACGAAACAACAGCAUCCAUCAUUUUAACAACAACAAAUCGCUCCAAUAAACAAACAAAUAUAUUGAACAUGAGAACAACAUCAAAACCAACAAUAUCGACGAUAACAGCGACACAGUCAACAACGACUGCUACAGAAAUGGCAAAAACUAGAAUUCCUUUAGAUAUUUUUAUUGUGAUAGUUGUGGCUGGGUGCUGUAUGCUGACCUUCAUAAUCAUGGGAUGUUGUAUCUAUAUUUUCGCAAGGAGAAAAAGUGUACGGGAGCCUAGCCAAUCAAUAUCCGACGACGACGAGAAAAGUUCCUACGCGCCAGAAUUCAAUCCGGCAUGGCAUUUUCCGAGACAUUCAUUUCGUUUACAAAGCUCAGUGCCAAAGACAAGACAUACAGACAUCCUAGCUUUACAAAACAAGAUGUUGGAACUGCCUCCGGAUUAUUCCACUGUUAUCCGUGAAAGUAGGAGAGCUGGGAUCCGUGAAAUGUUCGGAAACUGGGUCAUUCCUCCGGAUAACUCUACCGGCCGUCGCCAUGGAUACUACGAGCCAAGUCCCGAUUAUGAGUACGACUAUCGUUCCGGUGCAACGUCAGAAAAACGUCCCGAAUAUUUGUACCGGAAUGCAUCAUAUAUGGAUGAUAGUCAAUUUUCGUAAUGAUACCAAUAACAAUAACAUCAGUAAUGUAUUAGGUGUUUUGUUAGAAUAAACAAACUAGAACUACUUACAUCAAAAGCUUACUUGAUAUGUCAUGGAAGCGUAACUUAAUUAUUGCGUGGGAGUUGUGCAUGUGUGACUCCAACUGAUGACAAAGCUACAAUGUAUACAUACAUCCCUGAUUAAGACAUUGAGGAGAUCUAGACCGUCCUUAAAAUUAGGUAUUAUGGAGACAUUUCUGUAUUUCAGUUAAAAUUUUUGUUAAACAUAGUUCUAAAUAUUUCUUUUCCACAUAUUUUAUCCCAUUUCAUCAUUUUGAUGUCAAAUAUUGAAAACAAAAACAAAGCAUUAGAAAAAUUUUGAUCACUUUCUGAUCAAUUCUUUCCAUUUGUUCUUCAUUUGCAGACCUACUGACCUUGACUGUGAACUUUGACUUACUUUAACAAAAAAAACAAUUGCGAGUUUCAUCCCACUCAGUUGUAGGAAAUGUAUACAUAUUUUUUUACUAGAUUGAAUUCUUGUGUAUUGCUCGCAGUUUAUUUUUCAAACGAAUUAUAAAUGUAUUGAACAAAAGAACAAACAAAGCAAUAGCUCAGAGGUACAUACAAAUGUAUUUUAUUAAUUGUAGUCCAAGAUAGGAAGAUGCCGCAUGCUCUUAACGAACCAGUCAGUUUUCAAUGGCUUAUAACAUGUAGAUUGCUGUGACAUUUUGAUUUUGGUAAUACCUACGUAAUGAUAUACCCACAUUUCGCUAUAUUAAAUACAUUAAACAUGUGUUAGGUUGUUAUGUUACCAUAGAUAAGUUUUAAAAUAUAAAAUAAUUUUGAAAAUGAAGGAGUUGUUUGAUAAUUUCUGAUGCUAAUUCAGAAAAUUAAAAAUAUUCGGUUUCCAUUUGUUUUCCAAAUAUGACAACCCGUCACAUACUUUCUCCUGGGUUAAGAUACAAACGCUUAUUAAUUAUCAAUACUGUAUACGUUGGCAUAUAUGGACAAGCAAUAUCGUUAUAGAGGAUAAAAAACACGACAAUUAAUAAUCACAAAAGCUAUAUUCAAAUGAAUCCGGAAGAGCUGAUAUUACUGUCAUACAAAUGUACAUACAUUGAAAUUAUAGGUAUGAGGACUAAGUAAAAAGGGAAAUACGAAAGUGAUGAAAAAAAACACAACAUAUAUCCUACUCCGAUGAAAGCAUGGUAAUAUAGAGACAUAGAAAACAGAAGUAGAACAUGACCAUUUGAUUGAUUGAUUGAUUGUUUGAUUGAUUGAUUGAUUGAUUGAUUGAUUGAUUGAUUGAUGGGGUUUAACGUUCUUGUUUCAGUUAUAACCGAACCCAGGACACGAUUAUGACCAUUUGUACCGGUUCGCCU